CGACACUUUGGGUACCAGCGUAAAGUCGGGACAUGCCGACUUUUAUCCGAAUGGUGGAAAAGCGCCGCAACGCCACUGUCAAGUAUUACUUUCGGGUUUUCAGAACAAUGCGGUUGCAUGCAGCCACAGCUCAUCGGCUGUGUUUUUCAAGCAAUCCAUGAAUCCGGCGUUUCCCUUCGUGGGCUACCAUUGCAGCAGCUAUGAAAAUUUUGAGCAGGGUCUUUGUGCGCAGAACUAUCGGGGUCGUUUCGGCAUACAUUCCCAACGCCGCAAACAUGGCGAUUUCUACUUCGACACCGAAUCCCAACCGCCGUACGUUCAACGCAGACAAUGGCAACAGCGGUGGCUUCAUCAGCAACGACAGAAAUGGCGCCGACGUCAGCGGGUGGACGGUUUGGCGGCUUUGGGAAAAAACGCUUUGAUGACUGUGACGCUUCCGACAGCAGCAGUGCAACCUAGGCGACGCAAAUGGCCAAGGCGACGUCAACGUAAACGAGCAGCGGCGUUGUAA